AUGGAACUGGCAGACGAACUCAGCUUAGCAGCCCAUGCUGGAGACGAGGCGGCGGUGCGGCAGCUGCUGGCGGCAGGCGCUCGGGCGGAUCAAGUUGACACGAAAGACAGGCUGCCGCUGCACAGGGCCAGCUCCUCGCUGGCAUUGACGCCUGACCCGGCAGUCGUGAGCCUGCUGCUGGAGGCUGCACCAGAGCUGGCUUUUGCACCAAAUGCUGCGGGCCGCACGCCGCUGUACCGCUUGAUGCACCACGGCACAGCAGAGCAAGUCGCGGAGACGGCCCGCUGCCUGCUGCGGGCGGCGCCAGCGGUUCAAACAGCCCUGGGCAUCCUGCUGCAGUACAGCCAGCACUCUGCAACCCUCUACGCCGACCUGAUGGCCCGCCUGUCGCUCAGCGAGGAUCAGUGGCAUUCGAUUCCUGCUCCCUGCCCUGGCCUGGCUCGAGCGCUGCCAGCCGUCCUGCAGCGCUCGGCGGCCGAGGCGGGGUGGCUUGUGGGGCGGCUGGCAGAGGGACAGCACAAGCGACUGCGGGCAGCGGCGCUCAGCCUGGCGCGGGCGCAGCGGGACGUGCGGUCCUUGCCGGCAGAGCUGAGCGGGCGCAUCCUGGCGCUGUGCCUGCUUGACCCCUGA